GCAGCCGUGCUCAGUUUCACCCGUUCGGGCCUCGGCUCCGCACGCGCAGCCGGCGACGGAGUUGCAUCUCUCGCUCUUUCUCUUCUCUCUCUCUCUCUCUCUCACCGGACGGAUGGUAUGGUGCAGUAGUGGGGGGUUGGAGCGUUGCCGGACAGGCAGGAUCGGAUCGCGCUCAGACGCUGACGAGCCGCGGACUCAUCGGGUUGCUGGGCCCCGACCAUACAGACGAGGAGGAUUAUUUUUUUGCAUCGCGAGGGCUGCUACACGUGGGGGACGGACAGUUUUCUUUUCGUUUGUUUCGGUUCACGUUGGAUUUUUUUUACCUUGAUUUGUGCGCAUUCGGAGAGUGAGCGCGACUGCUGAGGACGAACUGGACGAGGGGCUCACCACGCUACAACACGCAUUCGAGAGAACCUCCGCCACUUAGCAGCACGUGCCGAGUCGGCGCGCUUAUACGUCGCGAACUCGCGUCUCGCGGAGUGUGUUUUUUCCUCGCCUCACAGUUUCGUUAGCCUUAUAAAGUCGCGAUGAAGAAGUCGCCGGCGAGUUCACUGGCACUGCUGCUUCUGGCCUCGAGCUUGUACAUCGGUUACGUCUCGGCCGGCAGUUGCGCCGAGUCGAAGCUCUGCUGUCCUGGAAGAGACUCGGCCUGUGUCGUGCAGAAAACAUCGCCUAACGCCAUCAUUCAGAGCCUCAGCGAUAAGCCCUGCUACUGCGAUCACGCGUGUCUCAAGCUCGGCGACUGCUGCGACGACUUCAAGGAAGCUUGCGGGGUGCUCGACUGCGUGGUGUCAGGCUGGGGUCCAUGGACGGCUUGUGACAGCGAAUGUGGACCCGGUGCCCAAACCAGGUCGCGAAUGGUCGAACGAGCUCCGGAGAACGGAGGCAAGCACUGCCCGCAGUUGGUCCAGCAUCGGGGCUGCCAGGGAACCAAGUGUCACAGGCGUAAUCCCAAGACUGCGCUGAAGGAAGUCGCUCUGUUACUGCCGGCCGAGCUAAGCAACUCGCGACACAUGAACGACAGCAACGACAUCCGAACGAACCUGCGACUGCAAUAUCGAGAGGAUCCGGAGCACGACGCCUCAAAAGAGUACUGCGUGACGUUCACGGUGACCAAAGCUUCCAAGGCUUGCUACAAGGAGCCGAGCUUGUCCGAGCUUGCAGAGGGUUCGAGAGUCUGCGUCCGCUGCCAGAUGCAGGCGCUUCGCCGCGUGUUGGACUGGCGAUGCGAAGGGGACGGCGGCACCGAGGCCAUGAUCACCAGGUGGAGUAUGCUCAGCUCGGCCCACUGCCACGGCAAGUGGCUCCGCACCAAGAAGACCGGACCUGAGUGCGACGCCAGCCUCUGCCAGCCGAGGCCGCACUUUAUAUUCGUCUGAUCCGUCGAGGAUGAUCAUCGUCGUUGACGCGUUUGUCGCCUUAUUAUAUUCGCUCGUCGUCCCUCGCGCGAUGGAUUAUUUACUGUUAAUAGGCGAGAACACUUUCCGAUCGAUGAGUGCAAGGAUGAGAGUUUUCGUAUGUGAAGAGGCAUCGUUUUGAGUGGAUGUGUAGAAAUUUAUGCUUUCGCUUUCUCUUCGGUUUGGCACUUGCAAACCCAUUGGAUUCUUUGAGAAUGUUGGCCUGCUGGAACGAUCCGCUGGAGGUGUUUAAGAGGGCAACCUUAAAUGUGCAAAGUUUUAAUUUUUUUACGUCAUCUUUAUAAAAACAAACAGUCCUCUCUAGAAUCUCGAGCAAAUCGUUCUCGACUCGCUCGACGGCAUAUGGGAAUAGUCUAUAUUUGACGUUUCCCGACUACACGGCGUGCUAAGUAGAGUGUAAGCAAACUUACGGAAUAUUCUACGCGUUAUACAUAUACAUAGCGACGAGAGGCGAUGAAAACUUAUCAAAAACUUUAUCCACGCAUAUACGCAUAUAGGGGACCUAUGAGUUCUGCUUUCAACGGGGAACAAGACGACUCCGCGGGACAUAUUUUGAAUAUCAAAGCUGCUGAAUCGAUUCGAAAUCAAAUGACGCGUGUCUCAAAAUUCUCUUUCGCUGCAUACCGGCUUUCUGCAGUUUUCAUCGUAUAUAACAUUCUGCAACCCAUCGCACCUGUACGUCAACGAUGGGCUGAUCGGCCGGAACAACGUGUAAUAGCAAACCUUCUGAGUUUUAUCGUCAUAAACUUAUUUUUUAUAUUAUAUUUUUAUAAACACUGUGUAUAAAGGCUAAUUAGUCGAUACGGUAUAUACAUAAAAGGGAAAAAAAGCUCGACUGGUAGAGCUCGGUUGUCAAGGCAGAUUAUAUAGACAUUGAGAAACAAUGAAUAAAAAUAAAGUAAUAAUAAAUGUUUCUAAAAAUAUAAGAUAAGAAAUAUAUGAUAACAAUAAAGGGUGCGAACAUUCGAGAUGAUUAUAGCGUUGCCCAACACCCACACAUCCCUCACUCUGACUGUAGAGCAACCGUUGCUGCACGAAUAUGUCGGCUCGGAAGCCCAGAGGAUAUAACGUGAAAUACACUAUAAGUCCGUUUGUACGUAAGUUUGAGUCCACAUAUCAAAGAUCAUAUUUUAUAGAAGAUAAGCUAAUAAAGGAUUAGAGCAUUAUUCGAGGGUCUCUGUUAUAUAUCAGUUGUUACUAUACCUUCGCCAUUCUCUUUUCAUCCUGUAACUGUCAGAGCCGUCGAUUUCGCGAACAUGAUUUAUCGGUAUUUACAUGCACAUAUUCCUGCGAUUCAAUUACACGCAAUAAAUCAAAACGUUUCCGUUCCACGCUA